CGCACAAGUCGCACCGGUCAGAGAGCGAAGGCCUUGGGCAUCCCAUCAUGGCCUCCUGAGGCGAAGCUCACAGCCUUUCCAGCUGCCGUAACAGGGCUUGGAUGCAGGCUUGACUGGGCUCUUGGACAGACCAUUUGCCUUCUCAAGGCAACCGCCGUGCCACAGGAAGUGGCAGCCCUAACUUGCAUUCAUAUGCUACGUAAAGAGUGAAGAGGCUGAACAUCCGACUCGACUCUUCUCAGCUCGAGAAUAUCAGACUAAACACCUAUUUUCUCCUCCAGGAAAUGCGCGCCAACUUCACUCAAUGUCGUCUUGAGUUUUCGGCAAACACUACCGAGGGUGAGGAGCUUCGUGCGAAAUGGGGUUGGCAUGGUCCCAUUGUUGGUAUCGAGCGAAACAACUUUACCCAGAUAUCUAAAGCAGGAUGCCUACACCUCUGUGGCCCGGGUAGAGACUACUACCCGUGGGAAGACGUCUCUAGCACUAUCACCACAUGGAUACUGCCUGUUAUCGGAACCCUUCUCCAAGCGCCUUUUGAAAGCAACGCGGCAAGGCGAACGCUUCAAGCCAUUACGCGCUGGGUGGGCUCGCCUAUCGCGUCUCUGUCGUAUGUGUUGUGGAGUAUCAAGGUUUCCGCGAAGGCCGCUCUAAUGGUCGAUAUGAGUGUGAAGUAUGACGAAACACCGGAUUGGGAGUCCGAUUUUGGAAAUAUGAGGGACUCCAUGUACCUCUUGCUGGUCAUGAACCAGUAUACACUGAAACCGACUGCGGCAUCUGCAGCUAAAGAAGCGGAAGGCUUGCUGCGCAUCGUUCUGUUCAGUAAAGAUCUUGUGCUGAGAAAUACGAACUUAACACUGCGGCAGCGAAGACAAGAAUUGGCGAGGGAGCUUCGUGAGAUGCGAAGGCGUGGGACUGUACCAGCGUUCGUAUCUAUCAUGUGGUUUUUGUUCGCCUUUGCGCUUUCUAUACAAGACGCAUUUGGAGCCCUCGGUUCCAACUCCACCGCCCACGAUCUCGCAUUAGGAUGUCUCCUUGCCUGGUUCCCAAUCCUGAUCAUGGGUUCAAUCAUCGAUCGCAACCCCAUCGCAGCUGAAGCAAUCAGGGAGAAGUUGAACGCUCUGGUUGACGACGUCCGUGACGCUUUAUGUGAUGAGCGGAAUCUCACCGAUUUUAUCGACACAUUUCCACAGGAUUCGGAGUCUGAGGAACUCGGUAUCAGAGUCAGAGAGAUAGCAAGAAGAGGACAGCAUAUGAACCGCUUCUUUUCUGACUUUGCGGGCCAAGGUCGAAUACGAUGGCAUUACGGAGCCGCGCACCCCAUUCUUUCUGAUAUAGAAAACUGCUACAUUGCGCACAAAGGGCGCAAUUGGCUCGCUAACGAUGAAGAAGCUCGCGCAAGGCUUGUCCUGGGACCCGUCAAUGACGAGGGCCUGGUGUGGUUCGACAUACGUGAAUUCUGGCAGGUCGCGAGCGCCACGGUAAUCGUCCUCGGCAGUUGUGGCGGUGCAUUCAUUCUGAGUUACUUCACGCCCACUGUUGGCCUUGGAUGCCGUAGUGGAGGUUAUACUAUCUUCUUCAGCGUCGCACUAGGGCUUAUGAUAGUCGAGAUGAUAGUAUGGCUUGUUCUUUCGCCAUAUGAAGUUGACCCCUUGUGGCUAUGUCGAAACAGCAGUAUCAGCCAACUGGAAGGUGCCGCGCAUGAGAGAUGGAGGAGGCUAAGGAGAAGAGCCUCAAGAUUACUCGUCGCUACCGAAGCGUUAUUUAUAAGGUGUGCUGUGGGGCUUGUGCUUCUUUUCCCAUGGCGAGAGCAUCACGCUGUGAAAGAGCAUGUCGAAGCCGCUCUAGAGAACAUAUUGCAGACUGUGAGAGAAAUGAGCCCUCAGAGAAGAUGGGAACUGUUCUUCUUCCGACCAGUGGAGACGUUCAACACCAUCUGGCUUGUAUACAUUGUUGCUGCCCAAACCACCGGAUGGUACAAAACAUGCGAUUGCGUCACUAGUAGCUGGGCCGGGGGUGGAGGAUACCUUGACUUCAGCGUCCAGGACUCAGCGAACAGCAAAUGGGUCUUCGCAUAUUGGUGCGCCGGAACCAUUCUAACAUCCGUUGUCAUGGGGUUUUCUUUGUUCUACAUCACGGUCGAGUGGUGUCAACAGUCUUUUCUAUCAACGGAGAACUACAGCGACGCCAUGCGUGGAUUGCGUCGGACAAGGAAAUAUAGACACUGGACAUUCGUCUUUCGACGCAUAUCUCGUAAAGUGUCCAAAUACACGUUGGAUCCUUUGGAAAGCCUCGCUAUCAUGGUUGGACUAACAAAGCAGCCGCAAAAGACGCUUCUGUGGACGAAGGAGCACGCGUAUAACUGGCAUCCUGCGCACCCUCCACCGGCAACACCUUCACGGCGCCAUCGACCAUCUCCCUCCAUCGAACUGAGCGAUUUCUCGACGCCGGCACACCACGCAGGCUCACAAAUCCAGUGGCAUGAUCCCGUAUACCCCCCGUCAACAAUUCCCACGCGCCGACCUCGCAACGAGAGCGGCGCCUCUCUCAGUCCACCAGGGCCGCUGACCCCUACCCGGCCGAGCCAUGAUUCCUCAAUGCCUCUUCUUCAAGGAACGUCUGAAACGUAUCGCCGUGGCAGCAAUUCUGAAGGUCGUUCCAGUGGGGAAGGGCGGGCCGGUUCCGAAGACGCACCCUCACACUGGGCGAACCAGGAACAGAGGGGCGAUUUGCUGGAUCCUAGCACAAUGUUGCAUUCUCGGCGGGGUCACCGCCGUGCGGACUCUGAUGCUGGGAGUCCGUCUGAAGGCAUCGUGGGGGCAGAGCGAAGGGGCAUGCAUGGCCCAGGUGAUGUGGACCUUGAGAGGGGAACGACGUGACGAUUUCGAUCAUGGCAAACGGGUGAAUGCUAGACACUGUAAGAUAUACUCUGGUAGAGUAACGAUGAAGG